AAAGGAGCGAACCAAAAACACUCACAAAAACAAAGUAAGAUAGAAAUAAAAAACCUUUGAGCUUUUAGGAGAGAGAAAAAUGGGGGCGGGAACUUCGACGAACUCCGAUAGCUGCUCUCAUGGCGGAAACGAUGAUCAAGCUAAUGGUGGACAACUCUAUGUUUCUCUUAAAAUGGAGAAUUAUAUUCUCAAUGGCGACCUUCUUCCUCAUAUUUUUGGUUCUGCUCCUUUAGUUGGUUCUUGGGAUUCUUCUAAAGCUCUGCCAUUGGAGCGUGAAUCGACUUCAAUUUGGGAAUUGAGCUUUGUUGUUCCUCCUAAUCAUGAAACAUUGGAUUUCAAGUUUUUAUUGAGGCCGAAAGAUAGUAAUAAUCCGUGUAUAAUCGAGGAAGGUCCGAACAGGAUACUAUCUGGAGGUAGGUUGGAGGGAGAUGCAAGGGCUGCAUUGUUUAGGUUGAAUGCUGAUGCUGUUUUAGAGUAUCGGGUUUGUAUUAAUGCUGAUAGAGUUUCGCCUUUUGAUCUCGCAUCGAGUUGGAGAGCUUACCAGAAGAACAUUCACUCUUCUGCUGUUCGUGGAAUUCCUGAUGUUAGCAUUAAUGCAAAGACAGGCAUUGAGAGUGGGUCUUCUACUACUUUGGAGCUUGAUCUUGAACAUUAUGUUGUUCCAUCUCCUGAAACAUCUGCAGUGUAUCCAGCUAAUAAGGCAGAAACGCCCAGGUACAUAGCUGCUAGCAAACUUAGCUCUGGAACUUCUUCACAAUUCUCAAAAACUGGUGAUACUGGCAGUCGGCCAAGCGAGCCUACAGUUAAUGAGGACAUAGAGGUAGGACUGCAAGAUCCUGCUAAAGUGUGCACAACUGCUGUGGUGGAAGAAAAACCAGCGAUGACUACUUCACCUUUGCAGAAACAGGAAUCUCCUAAGGGACUUUUUGUGGAUAGAGGGGUGGGGUCUCCUAGACUAGUCAAAUCAGCUAGUGCUGGUACUUUUGUUGAUGAUAUGAAACCUGGUUCAGAAAACAAGACUGCAAUGCCGGCAGCUGCCGGAGCAGUAGCUGCAGCAGCUGUAGCUGAUCAGAUGCUUGGCCCAAAGGAAGAUAGACAUUUAGCAAUUGUGCUGGUUGGUUUGCCUGCUCGAGGCAAGACCUUCACUGCUGCUAAAUUGACAAGAUAUCUUAGGUGGUUAGGCCAUGAUACCAAGCACUUUAAUGUGGGGAAGUAUAGGCGCUUGAAGCUUGGAACUAAUCAGUCUGCUGAGUUUUUUAGAGGUGACAAUACUGAGGGCAUAGAGGCACGAAAUGAGGUUGCUGCCCUUGCAAUGGAAGAUAUGAUAUCCUGGAUGCAAGAAGGCGGCCAAGUAGGUAUAUUUGAUGCUACUAACAGCACCAGAGGAAGAAGAAAUAUGUUGAUGAAACUGGCUGAAGGAAAUUGCAAGAUUAUAUUUUUGGAGACCUUAUGUUAUGAUGAAAAAAUUAUUGAGAGAAACAUACGCCUUAAGGUCCAACAGAGCCCAGAUUAUGCAGAGCAGCCAGAUUUUGAAGCUGGAUAUAGAGACUUCAAACGUCGACUGGAUAAUUACGAAAAGGUUUAUGAACCAGUGGAAGAAGGGUCCUAUAUAAAAAUGAUAGAUACGGUCAGUGGACAUGGUGGCCAAAUUCAGGUGAAUAACAUAAGUGGAUACCUUCCAGGUCGGAUUGUCUUUUUCUUGGUCAACACCCAUCUCACCCCCCGUCCUAUAUUACUUACUAGACAUGGUGAAAGCCGAGAUAAUGUCAGAACCAGGAUUGGUGGUGACUCUGCUUUAAGUGAUACUGGAGCGCUGUAUGCCAAGAAGCUUGCCGACUUUGUAGAAAAGCGGUUAAAAUCUGAACGUGCUGCUUCAAUAUGGACCAGCACUUUGCAGAGAUCGAUUUCAACUGCAAAUCAUAUAGUUGGAUUUCCCAAGGUGCAGUGGCGUGCACUUGAUGAAAUUAAUGCUGGAGCAUGUGAUGGAAUGACUUACUUGGAGAUCAAGAAGAACAUGCCUGAAGAAUACGAAUCACGUGAAAAAGACAAGCUUCGGUAUCGCUAUCCUCGAGGAGAGUCAUACUUGGAUGUCAUCCAGAGGCUGGAGCCUGUAAUCAUUGAGCUUGAGCGACAAAGAGCACCUGUUGUAGUAAUUUCUCAUCAGGCUGUUCUGAGAGCAUUGUAUGCUUAUUUUGCUGACAGGCCUUUGAAAGAAAUACCACAUAUUGAGGUGCCUCUUCACACAAUCAUAGAGAUCCAAAUGGGAGUAACAGGUGUACAAGAGAAACGAUACAAGCUUAUGGAUUAAACUGGUGGGAGAAGCUGGUCUUUUGUUGCUUUAUAACAUGAAAAUCCUUCAUCUGAAUUUGGUGUGUUUCUAUUGUUCUCCCAUGAUGAAUGUAUUACUAUCUUUAUUUCUAUGUACUUAUUGACAUAUAUCUUUCAUGGUCAUGGUUUUUCUCGUUGACCAUAAUUUAUUUUUCAUAAAAACAAAUAUACAUCGUAUAUAAAUAACAAGUUCAAUGUCAAUAUAAAUUUGCUACAUUUGUCUUU